CAUAGUCGGUUGUAUAUAAAUUAUUAUUAUUAACCUUAACACCAAAGAAACCACCAAUCGUCACCAUCACAAACUCCGUAACCGGAAUCAUGGGCGGUGGAGUAGCCAUGAGAGCGGCAGCAAAGGUGGCCGGAAUCAGCGUGUUGAACGGCAGCCUCCGCGGCGGCGAAAGCCCUGUGGUGUCCGCCGCCCGACAGGCCAAACGAUCGGUUGCGUCUGUUGUGUCCAGUUGUUCGUCCGAUGAUCUGAAACUGUCUGUCGGUUGUAAUAACGAUUGUAAUAAUAAUAAGAGUGUAUUGGUGGAGAAAGCCUGUGAUGAGGAUUGGGAGUUUGCCUGUGUGGAAGAUGAGUUGUUUAUGGAAGCGGGUGAACCGGUGCCCCGGGUUGUGUUUGGUGGGGCUCCGACUGUUCAGGAAGCUAGACAGGCUACUUCUGAUCUCAAUUAUGCUCUUGAGAAGACUUACCUGCAUCCAAAUGCCACCAAUGCACAAAAGCUAUCCGAUUCAGAAUACGCGGAGACUAAACCUUGUCUUGUUAGUGAAACAUUGGUUGCUCCCGUACCAUCAAAGCAUGCAAUUCAAGCUUUUCGGCUUCUUAACGAGAACCCUAAAGCUCAGAGUGUCGUUGCUUCAAUUGCUUCUGAUCCAAAUGUGUGGAAUGCCGUUCUGCAAAAUCCCGAUCUCGUUGAUUUUCUACAGACCCAUAAAACCGAUGUUGUUUUCCCAGAAGCGGAUUCGAAUGUAAACAGCCCGUUUGAUUCGACCCAAGAAGCAACAGGUGAAUCUAAAGCUGCGGCUGGAAAAGGUUUUAUGGAUUAUGUGGAGGAAAUCAAACAGAAGAUUACUGUUACCGUUGUUGAUAUGAUGAACACUUUAUCUGAUACUUUCCAGUCCUUUUUUGGCGGUUCACCGAAAGAUGGGGUUACUGUGAAUCCAGAUGGAACCGCUGGCAUAUCGAUGGAGCAAACCGCUGUUGGAGCGACGCUUAUGGGACUGGCCAUCAUGGUUAUCAGUGUGGUUGUUCUUAAGCGCUCGUAAUUUGUCGAUUACGCUAAUAAAGUUGUGUCGCGUAUAAAUGCAUAUAUUCAGUUUGCUUUACGUCUUGUGACGACACUUGAACGAUCUUGUUUUAUGUUCGAAUGUUAUUGUCCAGUUUUAGCAGAUUUUUAUGUUUAUUUCUUAUUUCGUA